CCGCGAGCACGGCGAGGCGGCGAGCGCACCGAGCACGAGUUGUGAGCAUUUGUGAGGUUGUGACCCAACCGAGUGCAGUCUUUAGCGAAAGGCUCGUGGAGUUAGUAAAUCGGGCUUUGCGUGGAGAAGCAUGCUGUAGUGUGAUCGUCGUUCAGAUCGGCUACCAUUCCACUUGCUCUUGAAGUUAACGCGCCUUGAACCGAAAUGAGCACUAAGGAGUCCGUCCUCCCCUACCUGCCAUGGCUUGGCACAGCAGCUGCAUUAGGCUUUGCCUUCCUCGCCUACAGGUCAUAUGGCAAGGCAAAGGGACGUGUUAACUUGCAAAUCGACAUGACUAACCCCAAAAUUGUGAAUUCUGUCGACAUUGAGGACAUUGGAAAUAAAGCAGUCUUCUGCCGUUGUUGGAAGUCCAAGAAGUUUCCCUAUUGUGAUGGAUCGCACAACAAACACAAUGAAGAAUGUGGUGACAAUGUUGGUCCUUUAAUUGUCAAACGAAAGGACGCCUAAAGGUACUAGCAGGCCAACGUCAAAAACCUAUUAGAACGUUUUCCUGCUUGCUUGGGAGCUAUUAGUUUGAAAUAAAUUUCAUUGCGACUGUG